GAGGUCGAUCAUUCGUCCGGUUCGCCCGCUUACUGUUAGUGCGUGCUCUGAAAUCGACCGGAAACAUCUUUCUUCCCAUAAGGGCAUCUGCUUUUCGAUCAGAUGUGAAAACCAACCCUCGCAGUACACUGAAGGGCAUCACUCUCAUUCCAGAUUAUCGGGAUACGAAUGAACGCCCAAAUAUCUGAUUUUCUGAACAUGCCACAAGUGUUCGGAUCAGAACGGGUAGCAAGACCCGAAAACGACGAACCCUAACAAAGCUAAAACGAUUAUGGGAUGUCCAAUAGAUUCCAGGAGCCUUGUGAGUAGCAUAGUACAUCUACAGCAAAGCUUGCCUUAGACUUGAAUCUUUUGAGGGCUCGAUGACUGAGGGCGGUCAACCCGUUGGAUGCUUUCCCAACACGGUCGUGUCAGCCUUAACGGGUUAAUUCAUGACGCCCAACAUUUAUACAGAAUCCCACCAGCAGAAGCGGCGUUUUUUGUGCUCCGCUCGAUGUCGAAAUCAUAUCACACUAAUCGCUUAGACUUGGACUGAAUAUGCAUAUGACUAGCGUGUACAGCUGACCGAAAGAUCGUUGGAUAAUGCGAUGACUGCUGAUGCUGAUAUCUAUAUAAAUAGAAGUGCAUGACAUCUUGGACGAAAACAUGGACUGCCCUGUCAGAGUCCUACUGAGCUCACGUAAGUUGCAGUUCGCUGCGGGUGCUGGGCCUUUCCCACUCGCAAAAUUCUGAGUUUUUCAGUGUUGGGGGAAUGUCCAGGUGAUUUGUUCCCGAUUGUUCCUCCUGGGAACAUCAGACCUUUUUGAAGAGCUCCAAAACUCAUCUCUUUACUUCCAACUUCUAUAGGACUUCUUUUAACCGUUGUGAGACAGCUAAGCAGCAGUGCUUAUCAGUGUUGAUGUUGGUACUGAUUAUGAGGGUGGUAUCUCAGUCCUGAUGCUCCUACGACUCGCGUGGCAAUCACAAACAGUUUCAUUGCGAAGCAUUGAUUUCUCAAUCAAAAUAUUGCUCAUUCUCAAACGUUUUCGCUGCUUGUUUUCAAUGUGCAAUGGAGAAGAGUAGGUUUUUACAAGAUUUAAAUCGGAGGGUUUUCUUGUUUCAGUGGAUGGUCGUUUUCCUGACAGGAUGCCGGGCAAUCCAUUUGAUGAGGAAGAAGUUGGCGGUUUUGGCUCGAUAGGUAGCACUCAAAAUCACAGAGGAACGUCAUGGCUUGGAACAGAGGCUUCCGUUUCCGGAGGGUCGUAUAGCAUACAGUCCCAGUUGUCCGACAGCAGAGCCAGAACCCAAGCUAGCCAGCAACGUGCAUUAGCAAGCAUAGCGAGCUCUGAGCGUAUUGGAGUGGAGACUGCAGCAGAAUUGUUAAAUCAAGGAGAAAAACUUUCUCACGCCGAACGGCGAUUGGAUGACAUCAGUCAGCUGCAAAAGGACAGCCAGCGACAAAUCAAUACGCUAUCCAGCGUGUUCGGUGGUAUACGGAAUUGGUUCUCUCGCAAACCACCAGCCCCUGUGGAACCAGCUCCCGCGCCAUUACCAACUCCAGCGCCACCAACAGCCUUCAAGUCCUCUCUGCAAGCUCCUUCAUGGGGUAGUCAGCUACCAAAUAAUCAAAUGGUUUCUGAGAGUGCGACUGGCGAUUCAGAUUAUGAAAGAAAUCUCAAUCUCAUGUCCGACGGAAUGUCUCGACUCAAAGGUCUUGCUCAGGGCAUGAACGAAGAGCUGCGCGCACAAAACGAGCAGUUAGAUCGAAUGGCCCCUCGAAUAAAUAGUAUCAAUGAAACAAUGAACAAACAAAAUCAGCAAAUGAAUAAACUGCUUGGGUACAAACCGAAGUGAUCCCGACAGUCCAAAAGAAAACUUACGGAAACCCCAUACCGCCUCUUCGUCUUUCAUGUUUCUAUUCUGGUUGACUGGUGAUUUGUCAUCCAGUUAGAAGUUCACAAUCAAUUUUUUACCCGCCUGUUGGGAUCUUAUCAUUACACGUGAUUGACCCUUCCGGUCGCAUUCACUCCAUGCGGUUUCUGGGUGUAUCCCCUGUUUCUCUCUCCCUCUUGCCACAACUUUGUAUGAAUCAGAUGAAGUUGCUUUUGCUUGCUCAGUUUACCUGUUCCCAUAUGGAACCAAACUAAUCACAUUGAGGCCCCGACUUCUCGUACCCAUUGGUCAUUGUUAAUCUGUAUAAUGUUGCUUCGGAGUGCUGCUCUCGAUUUGAAUAUAAAAGUUAUGAACACUUACUUCCGGGACUGCUUGCUAACAUUUUCUGUGCUGGUCUUUCGAAUAACUCAUGUAGUCGUAUUCACCUGUCCCAAUGCCUCUUUUUCGACCAAUCUGACUGCUUCUGUGCAUUGAUUGACUGCCCGAGCAGAAGAUUUCGUCGCGUUUGUGGUUUCAAGUUUCAUGAUGAUCGUCUAAUAACCAGUCCUUUCGUUCAGCGGGCCUUGUUCACUUCUGGAUACGGUUAUUCAUCCAGUAGCCGAAAUACCCCACUAGAUCUCGAUACCGGUUAUUUAC